AAGCUGUUCAAUGAAAUGAGAUCGAACUCCAUUGGAAGUGUGCUGGGCUGCUUUCUGUGCGCAUGCCACUUAACUUGCGUUCAGAGUGAGACAUGUGAGACCUCCAGCUUGCUGCAGUUCCACCCGGUUGAUGCCAACGGCAAGUACGACACCCACGGCAGCAGCACAUUUGCACAGUCGAUAGUGGGCGGGCCUUCAAUUUCAAAUGUCACUGGCCCUGCCAAGAUUUUCAGGACAAAAGUACAAGCCUUUGAUAUCAGCGGGCUGAACAUGUAUGAUGGAGCCGGUGCAUUGGUUGCAUUUGACAGUCAUCGAUUAUAUCGGUUUCAAGCAGCUGACACUGCCAGCAAAGAGAAGUCCUGGAUCGCUGUCUAUGGCUUGGUGGCUAUGAUCCUGAUUGCCGUCAGCCCUAUUGCUUACUACGAGGGCCCUCAAGCUCUUCUGAUGGUUAUUUCAUACUUGUCAGCUGUGACGUUGGUCAAGGUCUUUGUGAAAGAAACCAUCAAUCUCGGCUACCCGUAUCCAAAUACACUGACUGCGAUGCACAUGCUCGCCGUAUGCCUAGUGACCUUGAUCUUCGAACGGCCCAAGAUGGAUGAAGCCUUGAAGGUGUUGCCCAUCUCCGUCUUGAACGGCCUCUCCCUUCUCACCAACAACACGGCAUUCCUCUACGGAGGGGUGGCUUUUGUGUCGAUGAUCGCAGCCAAUGUCCCCUUCAUGACCUUUUCGCUGGAGCUUAUUAAAGGAAAGCGUUCUUUUAACUUUGCUUCAGCUUUCUCCGUGGGAAUGGUUUGCGGUGGCAGCAUUUGCUGCAUCCAGGGUGAGGUGAAUGCCUCCCUUGCAGCCUUCAUUUGGGCAACCAUCAGCGCCCUGCUACGGUCCGCACGCGGUGUGUGGCAGCAUGAGUUGGUCUCUUUGAGCCUCUCUCCCUUGCGCUUGGUCUUUUGGAACGGGUUUUGGUCUGGCUGCAUCACUUUGGUGACGAUGGUGGCCAGCGGCGAAUGCUUGGAAGGUUUGAUGAUCCUCCCAACCAUCGGUGCUGAAGUGCAGGUUGCGCUCUUGAAUUCCAUUUUGGCCGCCGUGUGUCUCAACAUCACGCAGUGGUAUGCCAUGAAGGCUUUGGGUGCUUUGAUGUCAAGCAUCGUCGGCAACUUGAAUCUGAUCCUUGUGAUUGCUCUGUCAAUAGCGUGGCUGCACGAACAGGUCACGGCUUGGCAGUACGUCGGAGUGCUCCUCUUGGCCACUGGUACUUUCACCAACAAGAUGCAGGGCUUUUGCUUCUCCAGCCAAAAUGGCAACACGACUCCACGUACCGACAAUCCUCGCAAGACCCCGGACAGUGAGCCGAAGGAAACAUCUCCUGCCACACUUGCGUCAUUAGGACUCAAACCGCGUGGUGAGAAUCUAUCUGGUGGGAAGACACCCUGAGAGAUGCCUUGGUCAACCCAAGAGCUAACUCCGAUCCAAAUAUGUUUACAUCAUUUUCAAAGGUUUUACAUCUAGCCAUUUCACCAAACUUGCUUGCACUCCUGGCACUGGCUAAAAA